CUGUUGGGUCAGUUCCAGUUGGCAACAGACCUUCAUUGGUAUCGCAACGAAAGAGUGUUUCGUAGGUCGUGCUUUGUCCUAACUCAAUUGGUCGCACGAAGCAUGAACUCUCACCACUCGUAACUCACAACAUCCAGAGGACAAGUAGAAAAAAAAAUAAAUUGAAGAUCUUGGUGUACUGACAGAGGGUGAGCCAACCGUGGGGCCAUGGAGCCAACGGGAAUCAUUUGACCCACGAGAAUUGACUCCGGGCUUGGUGGAUCGUGCUUCUCUCGUCUGGUAUUAUUGAAUCGAUAUCUCGUAGCGGGUGAUAAGCAAGUGGGGGACAUGCUGGAGUUACGAAGAAGAAUCAAGAGUGGGAGGAAAGAAGUCACUUGAUGAGUCCAUUCAAUCAAACGCAAUUAAACAACUGAUUCGAGUUCUGGGCUCUCGUAAAUUUCCACAAGAUGGAACCCAUGUAUCUCGAACGGAUAGUAGUCCCAUCGAUGCUGUAGAAAUCCAGUGACAAACCGCAUGGAGAACGGAUUUAAAAGUAUCGAGGAAGUCGUGCCAUGCCGAGAGCUUGUGGAACCACAUUUUUUUAUUUCUAAUUUAUUGGUUACGAAAGUUUAUGAAAAAUUGCAAGUGCUCAUGAAGAUUUUUCUUUAGCUCUCAAUGAAAAAUGAUGGAAUUUUUCUUGGAGAAGGAAAAAAUGGGGUUUGAGGAUAAUUGGUAGAUGAUUAAUGAGAGGAGAGAAGCAGAGGUGUGAGGUGGGAGUUGAGGGCAAGGUGGGAGUGAGAGCAAGAGAGUGAGGGAUUUAAAUGGCCAGUGGGGUAUCAAGUGGAACGCUGGGGACUGCAGGCCAACCACGUGAGCAGACUUGAGAUACAGUAUAAAUAAAAACACAGGCUGGAGCGACGAAUAAGAGGGAUAAGACGUGAAAGAGGGAAGGCCUGGCGAAUCGGGUACGAAAUAUUUGCGACGAAACGUAACAACAUCGCGCAGACUCCCAGGACUUUUUGGAGCCGAAUUUUAACGUCGAAAUUGACUUUGCGCAUGGCACGCACCCGUACACUCACCCCUGAACCCACUCUCCUCUCUUGGCUUUAUUUAUUUUUCUUCUCCAUGGAUUGAGAGAGGCUGGAUGCCGCCGAACGUUCUUUAUUCGAAUACAACUGAUCCCCCGUGCGCGAUUCCCCAUUCAAAAAAUGCAUUGUCUCGGAGCAAUAUCAGGGGCCGCAGGAGCGAGCAUGUCGCCGCCAUCGCAGAAUGUAAAUGGAAGUGUAUUGAGUGUGAUCCGAGCUCUAGGAGUCCUAGUGUGUGAGGGUAGAAUCCAAGGUCCCCCACGUGGCUACAGAGAAGGUCCCCACUGUGCAGCACCCCUCCAGGCAUCUCCCACCCAGCACACAUGUGACAAGCAGCACUAUCUGUGCAACAGAUACCUCGUCCUGGUGAAGGAGAUUAUCGAGAGGGUGUCAAUUGGAUCGAGCUUGUGCAUCGAGGUGGUGAUGUGCAAUGACUGUCCCUGUGGUUUAUCAACAGCUACCAGUACAAACCCAGUAUCACCAAUACCGUCCACUCUUAUUCACCAAUGGCCAAAUACUGAGAUGCUGUUGGAGUACUGGUGCAUUGGCGUUGUGCCAAGUAAAAAUUCAGAGAUGAUGAAUUCACAGGGUUUGUAUCAGGCUGUACGUUCGCGUCUGCACUUCAGCCAGGUUGCUGCCUGGUGGUCCAGGAGCAAUGGAUCAAGGCCAACUUACGUGGCGACCAGGGUCGUACCGUAUAAUUCUGACAAUCUACGUAAAUUUCGUGAUGCACCAGUGGAGCACACCUUUCCACUGGCAUCAAUUGGUGAUGGGAAUUCAGUGAAAGUUUCUGUUUGGGCUCUGCCUCGUAUGGAGGACAUACCUGACCUCAAGUGUCCACUCCAUCCGAGUGGAGAGACCAAGGAGGAGACUGCCAGGGCACUUACACCAACUAAAACCACUGUGGCUCAUCCUGACCAUACUCUGGUCCUCCCUGCUCUGCUCGACGACAGACUCCACACACCGUGUAAUAAACCUGGCAAGCAUCACUGCAGGUGUGAGGAGGAGGAGACCAGUCCACCAUCGCCUUCCAUCAAGAAUGGAGAGAGGAAGAGGAGGAGAUCACUGCCCUGCGGACCUCCGGAUACUCAGGCUAAUGCACAGCCACUGGCUUCUGUCAGUGAAGUUACUACUGGACCUUCUGGGGGUGAGGAGGGGGGCUUUGAGAGAAGUUUUGGGGGGAAUGGCAGUUUGGAGAAGUACUUUUGGACUCAGGUUAGCUUGGACGAGCCUGAUGGCAAUAUUGAAAAGCGGUAUAAACCGUCUGCUGAGGGCUCAAAUAUCGAUCUCAAAGCAGAUAAAGGAGUCAGCCCUCACCGGAAGGACCUAAAACCCCAAUCAUUCGUGCCUUUAGACCCCAAGGAACUCCACAAAUCUUCACCACAUCGUUCUCCACUCUCCUCCUUGCCAAAUCUCGUGAUAAAUCCAUUCUCGGAACGCAGCUCCUUUCACGAGCCAAACCCUGGCCCCUCGACGUUAAGAAAGGACCUCCCCUCACUCCCGUGCACAGUUCACCUGAACUACUCUUCCUCCUUUCGAAAGCCAGAACGCGUCUACUACAGUGUAGACAGAGCCAAAGCCCCCUCAGACCUCACUCACCUGAUGUCCAAGCUUUCCUUCCCCAAGGAACCCACGAAGACCUCAAAAGAAGAUGGUGGUAUUCUCGACUGGAUCACCAGAGUACCAGGGAGAGUUCUCAAUCCAACUCCCAUCCCCUCAGUCUCAGAUAAACCCCAGGAGAUGAGUCCACCUUCUCAACAUGAUAAUGGAAGGGCCUGCAGCGCAGUUAAACUGAAAAACUGCAAUUUGGAGUUGAGCCAGCGUGAAUUCGACGAGGUACUCGCUGUACUGCGAGCCAGAACUCCCUCUGGUAGACGUCGAACCCCAGUGAAGACGCUCCGUCGUCGUGAGAGACUAGAACGUACCCUCGAUGAUGGAUAUUGUGAUAAGAGUGAGGGCUGUAUGUGUCCGAUUCACAAAUAUAUGGAGGGCACAUCGAAUGCUGGUGAAAAUUGCGAGUGUCGAUCUUGUCGAAAAUCGAUGAUAAAUGAGGAUGUUAAAAUCGGGAGAUCGAGGGAAAAGUGUCUUGAGAGUGUAUCAAAUAAAGCUGAUGUUCUGCUUGGGGCGAUAUUGAGGACCAGUGGGGACAGAAAGAGAUUGGUGGACAUAUCGAAUGGAACUAGGCCACGAGCUUCUUCCAGCCAUCUCAAGGACAUCAUCUCUGAAGAGCAAGUGAUAACGACUGAUGUCAGGUCGCAGAGGCCACGAAUGGAGGAGGAAAAGUCUCUACCUAUGGCUCUGAACAGACGACUCCAGAGGAUCCAGCAGCUCUUCCGGAAGGUGCAGGAGAAGAAGAACUCGAUUGAGAUGGCCAGUGGGUUUCAGGAGAUCAUAAAUCAGUCGAGAUUUGCACAGAAGAGAGACAAGGGAGACAAGGAGGAGAAGGAGGACAAGCGAGAAGUGAAGGAAAAGAAGGAAGAGAAGGAGAGUGGGCGAGUAGGGGUUGAUUUGGAGGGAAAGCCGGAGCACAUAAUGGAUGAUGAGCCUGGAUCAGGUGACAGUGCAUUUUCGAAUAGUACAAAUUACGUAUUUAGAGACUUUAGUAAUCACCAUGAAGCCUCGGAGAGAGCUAUAUCUUCCACGGUUGGGGCGGAGGAGGAGGACGACGUCGAGGAGGAGAUCAGAAAAAUUCAGGACACCAGGGGGGAAGAGGAGGGGUGCGAGAGCAGGGUCCCUUCGGCAUUCGAACAGGAGAGGUUCAGGAGGUCUCUGGAGAAUGCUGCAUCCAUGGUUUUUCACAGUAGAACUGGCCUCCCAUUGACCUCAAGUCCAGCUCCACUCAGGCGGGGAAGCUGUUGCUUCGAUUAUGACAGUAGCUUGAAUACUGUAUCGUCGAAGAGGAGUGCCCUUUUUGAGCUCAAUACACCACCCAGUCCCGGAGCUGUCUCAUUGGAGGAGACUGAUCGUGAGAUUGAUCACUCUGGGGAGGGAUACGAGCAGCCUAAGAGGUCACCAUCUACUAGGAACAGACCACAGAGCCAUGCACUUCUUGGGAGUUUCGAAGAGUCAGCUCUCAAUGGGAGGCUCGAGCCUGUUUCCACUGUUCAUGGGUUUACAGCUGAGAUUGGAGCCAGUGGUUCUUUCUGUCCCAAACAUCGAAAACUUCCUGUUACUGUGUUUUUUUAUACACUCGGGGACAAUGAUAAAGUCUCGAGUCCAUAUCUUGCUCAUAUUAAUCUGGGGAAGAAGGGCUAUCAGGUGCCUAGGAGUGGUACCAUCCAAGUGACGUUACUGAAUCCUCUUGGGACUGUUGUUAAGAUGUUUGUUGUACUCUAUGAUUUGUCUGACAUGCCACCACGAUCUCAUACUUUUUUGAGACAGAGGACUUUGAGGGAUAAGUCACUCCGCUACCUCAUACAUCUUAGAUUUAUGUCUGGUAAAUCGGGACGUGUCUACCUCCACACGGACAUAAGAAUGAUAAUCUGUCACAAGUCAGACGUGGACACAGCAUCCGAUUUUGGCUCAGAACCCCCGAAGGAGUACAGGAGUUACAUUCAUGGUCCUACGAAUCCUAAAUUCUCUCCGAGGUGCUGAGCCUCGUGGUUAUUCCCGUGGGGUUGUUGCCAACCGUUUCGCCUAUCUAGUCCUCCCCUCAGCGUCGAAGUAUGAUAAAAUAUCAGAGCACAAUGGAGAUGAAAUUUAAAAAACAUACCAGCAGCUAUGAUUGAGUUGUCUGAAUCGAUUGUAGUCAAUAAUUGCCAUUGUCAAUUGCAGGAGUUUGAGGCGGGUGAGGGAAAAACGUUGGAUGAACCGGAGUCUUUUGAAAAAUCAGCUGUCAAAUUGUGGGAAAAAAUUGUCCAGGCGAGAUGUUACUGCCAUGGGUAGUACUGAACGAGUGAAAAAGAAAAAUUAAACACGUGAUAUAAAAUAAUGGGAAUCCAAAGGAUGGCAUCGAACGAUCAAAGGUGAUUUUAAUUCGUUUGUCGAGUGAUAAAAUGUCAUAAAUCAUUCAUCACAUAUUCAACACUAGUUGAGAAUUUAUUGGUCUCUUCUAUCACUCAACUACCGAAUUCUCUUUAACGUAAAUUUAUUUUUAUUUCACUCUGUUCGAGAAUGGAAGUUAAACUCGAACGAUUGAGUGGCAAAAGGCGUGAUAUUUUGGGAUAUAACUAUUUUUGGAAAAAAAAAAACAAAAACAAAAAAUUAUAAAUUGGAGUCAAAAAAUUGUGAUGCAUUCGUGGUUUCCCAUCAGCGAAGACAGACGGGACAGAGAAUUAUAUUAUUUACACGUUUAAUGGAGAUAAUGAUGAUAAAUAACAGAACACAUUUUUGUGUCCGUAGCACUGUGAUGAAUAUUAUGUAGAUUAAAGAUACAGACUAAGGAGAAAAAAUAUAUUUGCGCUGUAGAUAUUUCGUAAGGUGUAUCUUCUAUUGUGCUAAUUACUGUUUCGGUACAGAGUGAAUAUCAUAAUCGACUGGGUGGUAAUUAUUUUAAGGGGCAGGAGAUUUAAAACUUGGGAGGAUGUCGUUUUUAUUGGAGUUCAGUGAUAAAGGGUAAAAUCAUAAUUUCAGUAGCGAAGCGGUAAAGUGAGAUAAGUACAAUUUUACAAUUUUGUUAAAUAUCGAUCAAUCCGAAAAAUCUUUUGAACUUAAUUGAAGUAAUAAGGAUAGAUUUAUUAAAUUCGAUGUAAUCAAUUUAUUACCCUUGGCCACUUUACUCCAGUAUUGACUUCAAAUGUUUCAUUCAAUUAGAUUCCAACGCAGAACAGAACAAACGAAAUAUUGAAUCAUUGAUUAAUGAAUUAAUAGUUGAAUUGUUGCUCAUAUCUAUUUGAGGGUUUCAGUAUGCCUUAGAUUGUUAAAAAGUAAACUCAAUAUUUCAAUAGCGAAUUGACUCCGGCUGCUGAAAUGAUAAUCUCCUUCAUCAGUGGAUACUUUCAACUAUUGAUUUGUAAGUUAACGGGUAGUUAUGUAUUUUAUUUUCGAUGAAUUAAGCUUCAAUGGCAGUGGAAUAAACAUCACUUGUGUAAGCGAUCGAGGUUUAACGUAGAUGAGGCAAUGAAAUUAAAUAAUGAUUAAUGUAAUUGAUGAAAAUUUAAUUCGAUUAUCGGUAGCUGCGUCGUUAUAACGAUGAGAAAAGUGUAGAUAAAUGGAAUGAUUAGUGUGCAUAAUCACUGCCAUGCUGUAUUAUAUUUUAUAGCAUAGGUCACACGUUCCAGUUGACGGAAAAAAUAUGUGGGAUAAAGUUCAGAGGUGAAUAAACAAAUUUAAUGAUACGUCUCGUUAACGCCUGGUCGAGCUCUCAAAAUAGAAAUAGGAGAAUUCGAUGAAUCUGUGUAAACGAGUAGGAUGGAUUAUUGCUACGAAGUGGAUGAGCCUAAAUUGUGAAUUUAAUCCAGAGUUUUUUGGGAAUAACUCCUCAAGUCUUUUUGCGGUUUGAGAAAAUUCCUUAGGAAUAGCUCUUACUCUGAAACAUCGACUUUGUUGAGAGAUUUGCAAAUUUAUUUGGAUGAAGCUCUUCAAUUUCUGGCCUUGGUCUUUCCGCUGUAUAUUUAAUUCACUCCAGAAAUCUCAAUUCUAAUUUUAAUCUCAGCGACAGUUUGAGGGUCAUGGUCAAGACCACGUAUUCACAAUCAAAAGGAAGUAACGAUGUAUGAGAACCGAAUGGUUGUAUCUCAAAUUGAAUAAUUAAUUAGGUAGGUUUUCGGAUCUCAAAUAGAUAUUGUGAUAUAAAAAAUUCUUCGUGUCUGGCGUGAUGUAGAAGUAGUUGAUAACAAUCGACUCCUUAUUUUUUAUUAAGAAAUACAUGAUAUAUAUUUUCGUGGAAGCAUAUAAGUGGUGCCAAAAUUUGCUAAUUCUUUUUCUUUUUUGGUCUUGAAAAAUUGGUGUUUCUUAUUUGGCUUAAAGGAAGAGGAAAGUGGGGUAAAAUGAAUCUUUGGAUUGAUGAGAUCAUUAGAGACAACGAAAUUUAUCGAAAGUUAUUGCAAGACCGGAACGAGAAUUUUAAAGGCUAAAUCAAUAGCUUUCCAGAUGAAUGCAAAAUUAGGGAAAAUUUCACGACAUGCAAAUUGACUCAUUGAAGUCCAGUCCAUUUUGCCUCUCAAUUCCCUCUGCGUACGAAUCAUUGCUUCUUAUAAAUCCAAUGAAUUAUUUGUUGAAUGUGUAGUGAUCAUUGCGAAACAUGGUAAAUCAGCUUUAAAUGCAAUCGUUUACCUUUCAUUAACAAUUCACGUCGAACUUGUUUUUAAAAUAAGUGAUAAUUUGAGGUAACAAAAAGCAAGUAUGAGUUGCGUGUGGGUCGUCAUUAUGUAGAACCAUCGAUCUUUCAUCCCUGAAAAUAAAAAAAUAAACAGUGAAAUAAAGAAGUGUGAUGAACAACCGGGGAAAAGAAAAAAACGUCCAGAUUCAGGCGCAACGAACUGUUUAUUGAUUAUAUAUAUUUUGUUCUGCUUUGUUGUGAAUUUUUACCAAUUGGCCGAAUUCGUUCGAUUUCAUGAAACACUGCAGUGUUCGAGACCAGGCAUCUUGUACAUAGAGCAGCAUUAUUUUAUAAAUAAACUAUUGUUAUCACGA